CUCUUCGCUCUAAACUUCUUCCCUUCUUCUUUCCUUCUUCCUGCUUCCUUCUUCAUCUCUUGCUCCAACAUUGUCACCACCACCAACAUCAUUAUUGUAGACAUAUCUUUCUUUCUCCUACAGCUGAUCCGUCUCUUUCAAUCUUUACUCGCACAACCAUGACAACUGACGAAGGCGCCAAUAACAAUGAACUUCUGAUUGCAGCAUGCAGGGAAGACAACCUGGAAAUGCUAGAACAAGUUCUCUCUUCAGACCAUUCCAGCUAUGAUAUCAAUCAUACAGACGCCUUCGGCAACUCUGCACUUCAUUACGCUGCAAAAUACGGAUCACAAGGAUGUCUGGAGGUUCUGAUGUAUUAUGAUGGAAUUAACGUCAAUGUUACAAACAAUUCAGAGGGCGAUACACCUUUGCACAAAGCUGCUGGAUACCAGGAUCCAGAGGUUGCACUCGACAUGGUCCAACAUCUGAUCAAGAAAGGUGCCUCAGCUCAAAUUCAGAACAAAUUGAAGCAGACACCUAUAGAUGUUGCGCCUAGUGGCACGCAUGAUGAAAUCAAGAAGUAUUUGGAGAAGGCUAUCCUUGGGGCACAGGUUGAUCCACGAGACAUUCCACAGAGUGAUAACGAUGAAUCAGAUGGUGAACCAAGCGAUGAUGAUUAAAUAGAGAAAUAGUCUGCAUCUUGAUUCUUGAUCUAGAGAAGGAAAAAUAAAUUCUAAUGCAA